AUGAAGCUUCCAUCAAUCUAUGAUACCUCGGCAGCUCUUCAUUCCUCUUCUCCUGCAUUGACAUCAUGUGACAGCAGUGACCCUGGAGAUGGCCCAGAGUUCAUCAGGUCCUGUCUGAAUAAGCAGUUUGCUGUCACAAUUACGGACGGCAGGGUGGUGGUGGGGGAUUUUGUGUGUACUGAUAGAGACGCUAAUAUCAUUCUGGGAGGUACCCAGGAGUAUGUGCCAGGAAAACCAGAAUCAGAAUCGCGACAAGUGGGACUAGUCAUUGUCCCAGGAAAACACAUCAAAAAGAUCUUGAUUCGCAAUUAG